AUGGACCCCUUUACCAGAAUUCCCGCCGAGCUGCGUCUGCAGAUAUUCUCAUACCUUCCAUCUAAGGCCUCUAUCUCGAGCCUUAUCCAAGCCUCUCCAACAAUGCUCGAACAGUACCUUGGAUACAAAAGCACAAUAGUACGAAACUUACUCGAGCGCGACUUUGACGCCCAAAUGAUUCAAGAUGCUAUGGCAAUUAUUCUUUACCCGUCUCUCCGAAAGGACCGAAAACCCAAGCUCCGAUUCGAGGCUCAUUUGCUGCAUUGGGAGUGUCAUAAGCUUCGAAAUCCUUUGGUGACCCACGAUACCGUUCUCUUGGACCAGCUUGACAGAUUGCAUAGCCUUCUGAUGGUUUUUGUCGAGGAUUACAUCACAAAGGCGACUGCGGACUUCCAACCUCGGGAAUACAUUUGUCUCCCUCAGCCUACCCACAGCCAGAGCCAUCUCGUGUUCAAAGGACUGAAGGUGACAAGGAGAUUUGACUCAGGCAACCUUUCGGAAGGUGAAAGACGACGCUUGUUGAGGGCAUUCUUACGAGUUGAGCUGUGGUCUCUGAUUCUGAGGACUGCGAGCUUCGAGAGCGAUCCUUUUGCCAAACGACGAAUUAUGAGUUACGUGGCCUUUGGAGACAACAGACGUGACGAGGAGGCGAUUCAGUGUGUUUGGGUUUAUACAUCGUCACUAUAUGGCGCCAUCUUUGCCCAAUGUGCUGAUGCCUGGCUGCCAGUAGCCGAUGCACCACCACAGACUGGACUUCUAUUCCCCGACAAUGUCUUGGUGGAUCCAGUUGAGUAUGGCAAGGACGUCGGCAUCAAAGGAGAAGAAAAGCGGCCCGUGAUUGAGUCCAUGGCUCACUAUGGUUUCUCUUUAAUCUUCACGAUGAUUCGUUUCGCCACAGCAAAACCACAAUACACUUCAACUCUCAAAAGUUUUGUUGAAAAGCUGUGUAGCUUCAGAAUGGACAUAACUUCAGAAGAUUUAUUCGGAAGAGGAAUGCCAUGGGGAGGCUUCCACGGUCUGAGUCACUGUGGCCUAGGUUUUGAUAAGCAGCCAUGGUGGAAGUACCUCGGGACAAAGCUACAUCACGAUCCUGGCCGCCCGAUACAGUACAAGAUAUUCCAACAGCGGGCAUGGCCAAUCUUCGACGACGAUCGCCAUUACCCAGUUAACACGGCUGCGUUGCCAGUAUUCCCUACUCCAUACUUCUUGGAAGAGAUGGCAACAGAAAGGAUCAAUGACUUUAUAUCCUUCUUCGAGCAUGGCCCCGUUUCAUACGCUCGGUUAGAACGCAGGGCAAGAGAGCUUCGUCGAACCCAAAAGUGGCAGGAUAAAAUGAAGCAGAGAGAAGGGAAUAAUUGGAGCACUGAAUCUUCUUUGCCUUGGAUUCCAACCGGGAAUCAUGAGAUGUCACUUCCAGUGAUUGAGAAUCAGGAGCAGUUGCUGACAUGGAGUUCUCGGGGCGUUGUUCGAUAUGAUGAAUCAAAGGAGGCUUACGUGGUUGUAAAGGAAUGA